AUGGUGCUGCUGCUGGUGAUCCUCAUCCCGGUGCUGGUGAGCUCGGCCGGCACGUCGGCGCACUACGAGAUGCUGGGCACCUGCCGCAUGGUCUGCGACCCCUAUGGGGGCACCAAGGCGCCCAGCACGGCCGCCACGCCCGACCGCGGCCUCAUGCAGUCCCUGCCCACCUUCAUCCAGGGCCCCAAAGGCGAGGCCGGCAGGCCGGGGAAGGCGGGCCCGCGGGGACCCCCGGGUGAGCCCGGGCCGCCGGGCCCCGUGGGCCCCCCGGGCGAGAAGGGCGAGCCCGGCCGCCAAGGCCUGCCGGGCCCGCCGGGGGCGCCGGGCCUGAACGCAGCCGGGGCCAUCAGCGCCGCCACCUACAGCACGGUGCCCAAGAUCGCCUUCUACGCCGGCCUCAAGCGGCAGCACGAAGGCUACGAGGUGCUCAAGUUCGACGACGUGGUCACCAACCUCGGGAACCACUACGAUCCCACCACGGGCAAGUUCACCUGCUCCAUCCCGGGUAUCUACUUCUUCACCUACCACGUUCUGAUGCGAGGAGGGGAUGGCACCAGCAUGUGGGCUGAUCUCUGCAAAAACAACCAGGUGCGCGCCAGCGCAAUUGCCCAAGAUGCGGAUCAGAAUUACGACUACGCGAGUAACAGUGUGGUCCUUCAUCUGGAGCCAGGAGAUGAAGUCUACAUCAAGUUAGAUGGCGGGAAAGCCCACGGAGGCAACAACAACAAAUACAGCACAUUUUCUGGAUUUAUUAUCUAUGCUGACUGA